UCCUUCACCGACUUCAUGGUUCCCGGCCCUGGAGCUAGUCAACUUCUCGAUUCUACCUAGUAGGUACUAAGCUAACUAUUACUAUGGGACUUCUUUUAUAAUUCAUCCAAUGGGGUUUUAUGCUUACGUUGUUCUAACUUAUUCUACUUCUGACACCGGUGCGAAUCGUUCAUCUUCUCAACCCACCACCCAUAUACACACAUACAUACCUAGUAGGUGCCGUCUGCUUGGUCUCCUUGGUCUGAUCCAGUGGGUUGGUUGGCCUUUGCCGGUGGUGGUAUUGGCCUAUAUUGGCGUAUUGGUAAUGGGGUGGUGGUCGUUGUUACGUUUUCUAUUUUUCUUCUUCUUUUUCUGCUUCUGUUUCUUCUCUCAGAUCCGGGACCCUCUCCCCCAUCUUUUCUCUCACCGUUAGGGUAGCCUUUUGGUAAGGGGGUCUUCCACCCCCCAUCUCUCCCCCCCCGCCUCUCUCUUUCUCAUCUCUCAUGUUUCUCAGGUUCGAUCUCCGAGUCCUUGUCAUGUACAUGGAUCUAUAUACUAUACAUAUACUACAUACACAUACACAUACACAUGCGUAUACACGUACAUACAUAUAUACC